UUCAGUCAGUAGGAAACCGAGUUGGAGUGGUAGAGCCAUUUUUAAUGCGCAUGGCACAUGGUGUCCCUAUUUGCCCUUCAAACAGAUCAAGAGACAGUACUAAAGCUUUGCAUGGAAAAUCUGACAACCGACCUGGAAUUGUAAACAACAAUAUUCUUUCAGAUGAGCACACACUUCGAGUGUGUAAAAGAUUUUAUGUUGCUCUCAUUUUGUCAAGAUUAGUGCAGGAAGCUCCUAUCUCUGAUGUCUGUACUGCUUUUAAAGUAGCCAGAGGCAUGGUUCAAUCUCUUCAAGAGACUGCUGGAAGGUUUGCAUCCAUGGUUUCCGUAUUCUGCGAGAGGCUUGGAUGGCAUGAUCUAGAAGGCUUGGUUGCGAAGUUCCAAAAUCGUGUUUCAUGUGGCGUGAGAGCAGAGAUUGCCGAGCUUACGACCAUUCCAUAUGUAAAGGGCUCUAGAGCAAGAGCACUGUAUAACGCAGCUUGCGUACACCUCUAG